CCGCCUUCUCUCCCCUUCAAUACGCCCGUAACCCCCGCUAUGACUGCCCGACACGUUGGGGCCGAUGAGGAGACCCCGCUCUUGCGCUCAGAGAGCCGCAAGCGCACCAAGACACCUCUCCCGUGGGACCAGUUCACGAUCCUUCUCUUCCUCCAGCUUGCAGAGCCUCUCACCAGUCAAGUGAUCUAUCCAUUCGCCCCAGAGCUCAUCCGGAGUCUUGGGAUCACUCAUGGAGACGAAACGAAAGUCGGAUAUUACGUUGGAGUCAUGCAAUCCAUAUUCUUCGCGACACAGGCUCUCACUGUCCUGCACUGGAGCAGAGUAUCUGAUCACGUCGGCCGGAAACCUGUCAUCAUGACCGGUUUGAUGGGUCUGUCGCUUUCCAUGUAUUGCUUUGGUCUCUCCCGGACGUUUUGGGGAGCCGUAAUCAGCCGAAGUCUAAACGGCGCUCUGAAUGGUAACAUCGGCGUCAUGAAGAGUAUGCUGGCUGAAAUCACGGACUCCACCAACAUUGCCCAGGCGUACGCAUUCAUGCCCAUCGCGUGGUCUACUGGAGCGACCCUCGGUCCCGUCAUUGGUGGCACACUUUCGCGACCUGCGGAGCGCCUUCCCGAGAUCUUUGGCCAGCUUGACUUCUUGAAGAAGUAUCCUUAUUUCCUUGCAUGUUCUAUCCCCGCAACCUUCUCCAUCGUCGCCUGUUUCGUUACUCUAUUCUUCCUCAAGGAGACUGUGCGAAACCCCGUGUCCGUGCGUCAGAUUCUCCGUCUAUCGUUCAAGGAGGCCGCUUUUGAGUCGGACAUCUCGACCGCCGGGUCCAAAGCAGUUGUUGUCGAUGACAAGUCACGCCCACUCCCUUUUAAGAGGCUCCUCAUCCCCCGCGUGAUCGUCCCUGCGGCUAACUACGCCUUCCUCGCGAUCGUCGAUAUCACCCUCCGCGCCAUUCAGCCCGUCUUCUACUCGACGCCCGUCGCGCUCGGUGGUCUUGGCUUGAACCCGCAGCAGAUCGGCUAUAUCCUUUCCUUCUACGGCAUUGUCAACGGCGUGACGCAGAUCUUCCUCUUCAGUCGCGUGAACGACCGCUUUGGCUCGAAGCGCGUGUACCUGGUCGGCCUUGCAAGCGUGCUCCCCGUGUUUGCGAUGUUCCCGUUCAUCAACGAGCUUGCCCGGCUGGAGGGCCUGACUCCGAUGGUAUGGGGGCUUGUCGUCUGCCAGUCCCUCAUGGGUAUCAUCAUCAAUUUCGCAUACGGCGCCGUCUUCAUCUUCAUCACCGCGUCCUCGCCGAACAAGGCCUCGCUGGGGUCGGUGAACGGCCUUGCGCAGAUGGUCGUCUCGCUCAUGCGCACGAUCGGGCCGGCGACGGCGAACUCGCUCUUCUCGCUCUCGAUCGACCAGGAACACCACUAUAUGGGCGGCUACUUCGUCUAUUACGCGCUCUCCGCACUCGUGCUUGUCGCCGUCUGGGUUGGGACGCUUCUGCCCAAGGAUACCAAGUACGACUCGGAGGAGGAAAGUGCAACCUCAUAGUGGCCGGCGUGUAGGAUCUGCGCGCGCACAUGCGUUUCCCCAUCGUCUUCGGCAUUCCCAUCUUCAUGAACAGCUUACGAUUCGCCACGAUACCUUCACGAGCGUCGUGUUCGUUACUCAGCGUCAGAGAGACUAUCCCCCCCCCUCCUUCUACCGUCCCACUGUAUUCCGCCCCACAUCAUACCCUCCCGUCCCCCAUUUCUAAAAGCAGGCUAUAGCAGCGCCUCGAUCUCAGCGAGGCAGAGCAGACAGACUACACGGAGUACUGUGACAGAUUGGAAUUCUGUUGUACC